AUGGCCGAAGCGCAGGAGGCCCUGGCCUUCAUUCAGAGGGUGCCCGCCGUGGGAGGUGGAUCGCUGUACGAGCAUCUUACAAAGCUCGUUGUAAAGGUGCUUGAGGAGAGACCAGGAGAUGCAGUGGACGUGUUGGAGACGGCGCUGCUGGUGAAGAAGGCGGGCUUCGACCAGCGCGAGUCUGCGCAAGUGGCGCCGGCCCAGUCUGCCGCAGACGCCGCCAACACCGUUGCGCUCGCGGGCCUCUAUGGCACUGCCGAUGCGCCCAUCGACCCGGAGACGGGGGAGCCCAUCAGCAUGGACACGCCAAAUGAGCAGCAGGAUCAGGAUCAGGAUCAGAAUCAGCAGCAGCAGCAGCAGCAGCAGCAGCAGCAGCAGCAGCAGCAGCAGCAGCAGGAGCAGCAGCAGGAGCAGGAGCGGGACGGAGCAGGAGCAGCAGGAGCGGGAGCGGGAGCGGGAGCGGGAGCGGGAGCAGGAGCGGGAGCGGGAGCAGGAGCGGGAUAUGAGUGUGAGGAUAUUCAGGGGGACGCGGCGCUGUUUGAUGCGCUGGGCGUCGGCCUGGGCCGCAGCGAGGCGGUCGACGUGGCGCUGGCCGCCAAGAGGCUGGGGCAGGACCCGCGCCGCGGCGUCGCCACCGUCAGAUUCUUUGGCAAGUUCCUGGGCACCCAUGGCGACUACUUUGUGUUUGAGACCACGCUGCAGAACCCCCCCGCGGAGCCAGAGGCACAGCUGGCUGAGGGCGAGGUCCCCCUCGAGUGGAACAGCGGCGCCAACGGCUACGUCUACUUUGCGGCCAGCAGCCCGGGCGGGGCCCUGUCGCAGCUGCCGCACGUCACGCCGGCGCAGGUCAAGGCGGCGAGGCGCAUCAAGAAGCUGCUCACGGGCCGCCUCACCAGCCAGGUGUCGAGCUACCCCGUUUUCCCCGGGACUGAGGCCAACUAUCUGCGCGCACAGAUUGCGCGCAUCGCGGCGACGACGGUGCUGUGCCCUGCGGGCCUGUUUGUGGUGAACGAGGACGGCGGCCUGGACAAGGCCGAGGAGUGGACCCCCCUGCCCGACAGGGAGAUGGGGGCGCCCGCAAACUGGGCGCACAGGUACCCCCACCUGAAGGCGCAGGGGCGGAGCGCGGUGCACAAGAGGGAGCCGCCAGAGGGGGAGGAGGACACCUUUGAGUGGACAGAGGAGGAGCAGGAGGAGGGCCCCGAGCCGCUGGCCGCGGCGGAGGGCGACGGGGAAGUGCUGGGGGGCGCCGCGUGGACGCCGCUGUUCAGCAGCGCCGCGGAGCAGGCCAAGUACCAGGUGGCAGGGCUGCGCAGCAACCAGUGGCCGGGCGCCUUCUGCGCGUGCCAGGGCAGCCGCUUCACCAACGUGUACGUCGGCUGGGGCGUCAAGAACGCCGCCUUUGUGCCCCUGCCCCCGCCGCCGGUGUCGAAGGAAUAUGACGCUGCCCUCGUGGAGAGCCGCGAGCUGCCACGCAAGCCGGCGCCGCCGGCGGAGGGCGAGGAGCCCGCGGACGAGUAG